ACUCCCAUAAAACUCUCCCACACGUAGCCUUUGAGCCGAUGUGGGAUUGGGGCCGACAGCGAGUACUUUUUUUUAUUACCAUUAUUUUUGCACGCUGGAAAAACCUGUAGCCUCCCGAUAUGCUUGUAGACAGAAAAAUACCGACUCUCUGAUGGCAGCAGAAUGAAACUUUAACACACGAGAGCUGAUCUGAUAUAGACAGUUCAACUUUAUCCUGCGCAGUCCCAACACAACACAGAGGCACUGAGGAGGAUCGGAAUUUACCGGUGACAAGUCUGGGAUUGAAAAGGGGGGUGAAAAACUGGAUCCGCUCGCUACAUGGAGCACCGUUUUUAAGGAACCUGCUUGUUUUAACAAAGGAAAGGAAAGGAAAUUUAAUUUAAAGCGUCCAGUGGAUGAGAAGGAUCUCCGGUGAAGAGACAGACCCAACUUCUCCCCCCCCUCCCCGAGUUCUGUUUGAAGAACAGCUCCAACCAUGGCGAAAAAGUAUGAUUUCCUUUUCAAACUGUUACUCAUCGGGGACAGCGGAGUGGGAAAAACAUGUCUGAUCAUUCGUUUUGCUGAGGACAAUUUCAACUCCACGUACAUUUCCACCAUCGGAAUCGACUUUAAAGUAAAAACCAUUGAUGUGGAUGGAAAGAAAGUGAAACUGCAAGUCUGGGACACAGCAGGGCAGGAGAGAUUCAAGACCAUUACAACAGCCUACUACAGAGGAGCCAUGGGCAUCAUCCUGGUGUAUGACAUCACUGACGAGAAGUCCUUUGAGAACAUUCAGAACUGGAUGAAGAGCAUCAAAGAAAAUGCAUCAGCUGGGGUCAGUCGGAUGUUACUAGGCAAUAAGUGUGACAUUGAGGGGAAGCGGAAAGUUUCCAAGGAGACAGGAGAAAAGCUGGCCAAAGAUCACGGCAUCAGGUUCUUUGAGACCAGUGCAAAGUCCAACAUUAAUGUCGAGGAGUCUUUUCUGGCUUUGGCACGAGACAUACUGCAAAAAUCCAGCAAGAAGCAAGGCCCCGCGGGGCGAGAGGUGAAAAUCACCAGCAGCACAGAGAAAAAAUCCUCUAAGUGCGUUCUUCUCUAGACACGAUGUCACUAGAGCGUGGAAGAAAGGGCAUCGAAACUGAAGAGCACCUGUGUUUGACGAGGGAAAAUGUGCCAAGUUUUUUAAAAAUCAAAUACACAGAGGUGCUAAAAAUCUGUUUUAUACCUAAACUACACUAUACUUCCCUUUUAUAAGUUGUUCCACAAGAAUUGUCCUGUCCCCAAAAUAAUAUAUGGAUUACUCUUUUAAAACAGCCCCAGUAUUUCAAACUGAACAUAUUCUUUAUGUGACAUCUACUGCGACAGAAAUUAUUCCAUAAAAAGUUGGUGGAGUCUGACUCUGAGCCCUGGUAGCAUUUCAAAAACCGGUCCCCACCAUUUCAUAGGUUCCUAUCACUGAACUGUGUAUUUUUCUUGCUUGCGUUAUCAUUCCUACAACAGUACAAGAGCACUUAAAAGAAACACAGCUGUGUUUUAAUGUUACCAUUUUAUUCAUUCAUGCAGCUAUGCAUGAAUCACAGUUCAAAAUAAUCCUUUUUUUUUCUCUUUAUGGGUGACCUUUGUGCAGGUCCUCAGUUAAUCCACUGCCUGAAACAAGCAGUUUUAGCUCCUUCCCCCUGCUCGGUAAGCAAGCUUUCCCGGUAUUCUUCUUACUGGCAACUUCAUGCAAACAAAAGAUUUGAACAGCAGGUGGGUGGGGCUGCUGUGCUCACAGAGACAGCGUGUGCUUGAGUCAAACAUAUUAGGGAUCUAUAUCGGCACUCACUGACAUCAUAAAGAUCCAAGCGUAGAAAAGCAUAAAACCGAGCAUUUUGAGCGGUCUAAAGCCCGAGCCUUUGGCUCGCGUGAAUUGCUUACACAAACAUUGACUUCAUUAUUUGAAGCUUUGGCAUUGUUUAAUAUGACCAUAGCAGCAAAUGUAUGACAAGAAAGAGAAAAGCAUAACAGGCCUGCUUAAAGUUAUAAAUUAUAAAAUAACUGUUGGUACUAUUUCAUGACAUCACAGACAAAAAGAUAUCCCAUACUUUUAUGUCAAAUGAAACACAUUUUUAUUCCAUAUAGGUAUAAAUAUGCAACCCACCUAAAUGCACGUUUCCAGAAUGAAACCCUGCACCUUCUAUCCAGCCACCCACUAUUCGCUGAAUAAUAUCUAUUACUUCAACUACUGUUUUAUCACAUUCAACAGAAACUACAGGAACAGGUGCCACUGUUAGAGCUCCAGCGUUUAUGGUGUGGAAAAUUUCCAGGUUAAGAAGGUGAAAAUAUGACAUGCACAUUAAUGAUGAAACAAGCUGGUUGCUACAGUUGAAUCUGAAACAAAUUCUGUGGAAAACAAAGCCUUGUUUUGAUAGAUGAAUGGAUUCAGAAUGUGGAUAUAGAUAUUAGAUAUGGACAGUGAUAAGUGCAAUAUGAGAAGAUGAGUGGAGAGAGAAAAGAGUGAUGGAUAAAGCAAGUGAAUGGACAGGAUGUAAAUGCCUAGGAAGUGGCAGCUUGUGCACGCCCCUCAUUGUGAAUUGAUUUAGUGGGUAUUGCCUUUUAUCUGAAGUGCCUGGUAAAUCUCUUUCUAAACAGUACCACAUAUUAGCUACAGCUGACAUGACAGCCUCACUGUUCAGGCAGUUUGAUGAUCAUUCAAAAUGACUGAUUACAGAUCUUCAUCUGAUCGUGACAGUUCUUUUUUUUUUCUGCACACUCAAGUUCUGUCUUCUUUUGUGUUUCUUCCACAUUGUUAGUCUUCUUACACCUGCCACCAGACUUUGUAUGUAGUUUACAGACCUGAUGCUUGAUGAAUAAAAUUGCAAAACUAUA